AUGAUGAUGAUGAUGAUGAUGAUGAUGAUGAUGAUGAUGAUGAUGAUGAUGAUGAUGAUGAUGAUGAUGAUGAUGAUGAUGAUGAUGAUGAUGAUGAUGAUGAUGAUGAUGAUGAUGAUGAUGAUGAUGAUGAUGAUGAUGAUGAUGAUGAUGAUGAUGAUGAUGAUGAUGAUGAUGAUGAUGAUGAUGAUGAUGAUGAUGAUGAUGAUGAUGAUGAUGAUGAUGAUGAUGAUGAUGAUGAUGAUGAUGAUGAUGAUGAUGAUGAUGAUGAUGAUGAUGAUGAUGAUGAUGAUGAUGAUGAUGAUGAUGAUGAUGAUGAUGAUGAUGAUGAUGAUGAUGAUGAUGAUGAUGAUGAUGAUGAUGAUGAUGAUGAUGAUGAUGAUGAUGAUGAUGAUGAUGAUGAUGAUGAUGAUGAUGAUGAUGAUGAUGAUGAUGAUGAUGAUGAUGAUGAUGAUGAUGAUGAUGAUGAUGAUGAUGAUGAUGAUGAUGAUGAUGAUGAUGAUGAUGAUGAUGAUGAUGAUGAUGAUGAUGAUGAUGAUGAUGAUGAUGAUGAUGAUGAUGAUGAUGAUGAUGAUGAUGAUGAUGAUGAUACAAGAGGCAAAUUCCUAUUAAACUAAACUAAUUUUUACAACCUGUUUCACUUGAUAGUUUGUUACAUUGAACAGAAACAAUACAAACAACAUUAUUCACUAUGAAAACAUUUUCAAGUCAUACAACAACAACAACAACAGCAACAACAAAAACAACAAAGAACAUGAACUAAAUUGAAUCGAAAACAUAAACAACAAAAAUAUCGAAUUUACGAGAUAGAAAAAAGAAAAGAGACAGUAAAAUUCAAUGAGAAAUGAUUGAACAUUUCUGUUUCCUGGAACAAAAUUCUUUCUUUUCUUCUUUUUUGUUUUAAUAUUUCUGCUUUACACAAAAACAAUAAUGCAUUGAAACAAACAAACAAAACAAUUACCAUGAUGAUGAUAUUAAUAAUAAUCAUAGUAAUAAUAAUAGUAAUCUUAGUAAUCAAUUCAUUGAUUAGUAAACAAUUACUUUUAUUAUUAAAA